GUCUGAGUAAAGGAGUGGCCAACAAAGGGAUGGCUCAGUUCCAGGAAAUUAUGAGGCAGCAGCUGGAGAGCUCCAUGGAUGACGAGCUGGAGAAACUGCUGGACGCCACUGCAGAGGCAGAUAGAGAGAUCCAGCCAUAUGAUAGGAUUGCUGCACCAGGCCUGCCUGAUAAUGUGGCCCACAGCUUGAACAAACUGGUGGUGGUGAAGCUCAACGGAGGUCUUGGCACCAGCAUGGGAUGCAAGGGCCCAAAGAGCCUGAUCAGUGUCCGUAAUGAAAACACCUUCCUGGACCUGACUGUGCAGCAGAUAGAGCACCUGAACAAGACGUACAACACCGAUGUCCCUCUGGUCCUCAUGAACUCCUUCAACACGGAUGAGGACACAAAGAAAAUCCUGCAGAAGUACACGCACCACCGGGUGAAGAUCCACACCUUCAACCAGAGCAGGUACCCUCGCAUACACAAGGAGUCUCUUCUUCCUGUAGCCACAAGCCUGCGCACGAGUGGACAAAACGCAGAUGGUUGGUACCCUCCCGGUCACGGCGACAUCUACGCUAGUUUCUACAACUCAGGUCUGUUGGACAAGCUGAUCGCGCAGGGCAAGGAAUACAUCUUUGUUUCCAACAUCGACAAUCUGGGAGCCACUGUGGACUUGCACAUCCUGCACCACCUGGUCAGCCAGCCCAACGGCAAACGCUGCGAGUUUGUCAUGGAGGUGACUGAUAAGACGCGAGCUGACGUUAAGGGAGGCACACUGAUCCAGUAUGAAGGAAAGCUGCGUCUGCUUGAGAUUGCCCAGGUUCCCAAAACCCAUGUGGACGAGUUCAAAUCUGUUUCCAAGUUCAAGAUCUUCAACACCAACAACCUGUGGAUCUCUCUGCCCGCGAUCAAGAGGCUGCAGGAGCAGAACGCAAUGGACAUGGAGAUCAUUGUCAACCCCAAGACACUUGACGGAGGGCUGAAUGUCAUCCAGCUUGAGACGGCGGUCGGCGCAGCGAUCAAAUGCUUCGACAACGCUUUGGGAAUAAAUGUCCCUCGCAGCCGCUUCCUGCCGGUGAAAACCACAUCGGACCUGCUGCUGGUCAUGUCCAACCUGUACAGCCUGGAGGCGGGUUCUCUCACCAUGAGCCCCAAGAGAGAGUUUCCGACGACGCCCCAUGUCAAACUGGGCAGCUCUUUCACUAAGGUUCAGGAGUACGUGACACGUUUUGAAAGCAUCCCGGACAUGCUGGAGCUCGACCACCUCACGGUUUCUGGAGAUGUCACAUUUGGGAAAAAUGUGUUGCUCAAGGGGACUGUCAUCAUCAUCGCCAACCAUGGAGAUCGGAUCGAUAUACCAGCCGGUUCCAUGCUGGAAAAUAAAAUCGUAUCUGGCAACCUUCGUAUCCUGGACCACUAAUGCUUUUCCUCGUUAAUCUCCCUCAUCGUGUGACCUGUCCUGUCUGUGACCAUCUGUCCCGUUCGUCCAGCAUCAACAGAUUGUGAGAGAAGGUGACUUCUUGCCUGAAGGCAGUCAGAUUACUUGUGCAUUUCAGAGAGCAGCUGGACUGUACUGCCCCCUGCUGGUGUCUUAUUAUACAGUGUCAAAGGUUAAAUUAAUAGCAACAGAAAAAUAACUAAAGACAACUAAUAAUAUGUAUUUUUCUUUCUGAUUCUGGCCUUAGUUGAGUAGAAAUUAAACCUGCUGAAGUAUAUUUAAUAGUUACAGUAUGUCAUUAAGACUGCACCAUAGUAUAUAAUAAAAUGAUUGUGUCAUUGUCGUGGUCAGCUCUGCUAACGCAGCAAACUCACUCAGAGGUCAAGGUCUAAAAGUUCUGAAGACGUUGUAACCAGUUCUUACAAAGAUGCAACACGUUAAGCACCAAAAGCGGGUCAUGUAUUCCACCUCUGUCAGAUUACAUGACGAGUGCAGACACAAGAACAUCUGAAAAAAAGACCAAAGCUUUCAUCUGAGCCCCACGUUGAAAACACAAGUGAAAUAUUCCCCCAAAAUUGGUCCAGUACCUCUGGAACGUCACUAUAGACAAUUAAUUAAUUAAUUAAUGUGCAUCUCCUACACGGGAACACAGAAUCUUCCAAGAAGGCUAAAUUUCCUGUCUCAUUAUUUUAGGUAAAACAUAGAAGUAAAAGUAUAAAAGAUGGUCUAGAGGUGAUUAAUCUUGCCGAAAACGUUCAAAAGCAUAAAUUACAAGGCAUGUGUACACGUGCUUUGGAAAUAUUUAGCUGACAGAAGUGUGGAAAACUGAACCAAAACAUACUGAAAUAAACUAUAAAGCCGGCUAGCUUGAUGAGCACAUUGGUUAAUAAUUUUCUAUUGUUUUUCAUUACAUUUACUACAUAAAAGUCCUCGUUUGGUUUCUUUGAAAUGUGAAAACAU